AUGCAGAAAUUCAAGGAGAAGUUCGAGCAUGGCAUUGACCACUUGGAGGGGUCUUUCAAAGACACCCAUCUCCACGAUGUGAAGGCCGAGGCCACGCAUUUCAAGCACAAGGUUGGAAAGUUCUUCAACAUCAUCAACCCAAAUCAUCGCCAUGACGAGGAGCAUGAGCAGGCCACCGACAAGAAGCGCACAGAGCGCUCGGAGUCCCACCGCUUCAAGUCCUUUGCCCCCAUUCACGACGGCAAUCGCAUCAAGUGGUACGUCGAUGCAAAGGAUUACAUGUGGGCCGUCUCGGAAGCCCUGGAGAAGGCCACCGAGACCAUCUACAUUGCCGACUGGUGGCUUUCCCCAGAGCUGUUCUUGCGCCGUCCUCCGGUGCAGCACCAGGAAUGGCGAUUGGAUCAUGUCUUGAAGCGUCGCGCCGAGGCCGGCGUGAAGAUUUACGUAAUUGUGUACAAAGAGGUCAACCAAGCCCUGACAUGUAAUUCGGCGCACACAAAACAUGCGCUGCGUAACCUGUGCCCCGAGGGAACACCGGGCUAUGGCAACAUCCGAGUUAUGCGCCAUCCCGACCACAACGUCUUCGAAAAUGCUGCUGACAUGACACUUUACUGGGCGCAUCACGAGAAGUUCAUCGUGAUCGACUACAACGUAGCAUUCAUUGGCGGUAUUGAUCUUUGCUUCGGACGAUGGGAUGCAAACCAGCACCCACUGGCAGAUGUUCACCCAGCUGGACUGAGAGACGACAUCUUCCCCGGCCAGGAUUUCAAUAACAACCGAAUCAUGGACUUCCAGAGUGUGCAAGACUGGCAGAGCAACGAAGUCAGCAAGGCAGACUACGGUCGUAUGCCGUGGCACGACGUUGCGAUGGGUUUGCAGGGUGACUGCGUGUUCGACAUUGCGGAGCACUUCGUCCUGCGUUGGAACUUCAUCAAGCGCGACAAGUACAAGCGCAGCCACGACGUCGACUGGCUUCUGAUGGAGGGUCGCACGGACGAAGACGAAGAUAUCAUUGCCGUGCAGCGUCCCAAGUACCCUUGCGGUGAUUACAUCCAGCAUCCGCUGACCCCUCUUGCCACCAAGAGCCGUGGUAACGUCGGUACCGUGCGCGCCCAGAUCGUGCGCAGCAGUGACGACUGGAGCAGCGGUAUCUUGAAUGAGCACAGUAUCCAGAACGCAUACUGCGAGACGAUCCGUAAUGCGCAGCACUUUGUCUACAUUGAAAACCAAUUCUUCAUCACUGCCACCGGCGACCAACAGGCUCCGGUCUUCAACCAAAUCGGUCGGGCGAUCGUUGAUGCUUGUGUGCGCGCAGGCAAGGAAGGUCGCAAGUUCCGUGUGAUCGUUGUCAUCCCUGCGAUUCCCGGAUUUGCUGGCGAUCUCCGCGACGAUGCUGCAACCGGUACCCGAGCGAUCAUGGACUAUCAGUACAAGUCGAUCUGCCGAGGCGAGCAUUCAAUCUUCGCGCAGAUUGAGAAGGAGGGAGUUGAUCCACGAGAGCACAUGUUCGUGUUUGCCCUGCGUGCGUACGAUCGCAUCAACAAAACACCUGCACUCGAAGAACUCGAGAAGCAAGCCGAUGUCACAUACCAGGACAUCCAGCGUGGUAUUGCAGAGUCUAUUAUGAGUGAAAGUGUGCACCCAGGUAUCGGCGACGACGGCGAUAAGAACGAGAAGGACUAUGAGAACGAGCCCAGUCAAAAGGAAGAGACGCUUCGCAAGCUGGAGCGGUUCGAGCAGAAAUACGAGCAACGCAAGCAGGAAGAUGGCUUCCACAGUAAGGACACGGUAUCGCACUGCACCAUGCUGAACGGAGGCAAAAUGUCAGAGGAGACAUGGGAAGGUGAGCCGGAAGCCGAGAAAGGCAACAUUGUCCAAGAAGAGCUGUACGUGCACGGCAAAGUGUGUAUUGUCGACGAUCGCACUGUGAUCUGUGGCAGUGCCAAUAUCAACGAUCGAUCCCAACUGGGAUCACACGACAGUGAGCUGGCGAUCGUAAUGGAAGAUCAAGACUUGAUCCCCAGCACGAUGAACGGAGCCCCAUACCAAGCGUCCCGAUUCGCGGCCACUCUACGUCGACAGCUGUGGCGGGAACAUCUGGGCCUUCUCCCGGCACAGGAAUACGAUUCCCCCGAGCACCCGAACUCCCGAUCUGUAGAUGAGUGGGUCUGGAACACCUGGACCUCUCAGGCGACCGGGAACACCGACACGUAUCGGAUGCUGUUCCGGGCGGAUCCAGAUGAUAACAUCAAGACCUUUGAGGAUUAUGAUAAUUUCCGACCUAGAGGAUCUCGCAAGGAAGGACACUUGUUCGAUCCUUAUAUGCCUGCUAAGGAUGUGCGGGAGAAGCUGGAUCUUAUUAAGGGGCACCUUGUUUGGCUGCCUUUAGAAUUCUUGAAGGAUGCGGAGAUGGCGGAGCCGGGGUUGGCUGUCAACCAGAUUACCGAGAGCAUUUACACCUAG